AUGGACCUACGCUGGAGCCAGCUGGCAGCUCGUCAUAGUCAAAACAUGAGUGAGGCGGCCUCAUCACGAUCUCACUGGGGCUAUAUGGACGAACCUGUUCCCUGCGCAGGCGACAAGCCCACUUGCGAGUACCUCGAUCUCGUUUACAAUUCCCACGACCAAAGCGUACUAUACGUCGGUAUUUUAUGGGUCUUGAUUGGCGCCAUCUUCCUGGCAUGGGCCGUUGGAAGACAAGCGUUCUCACCCCCGUCGGAUGCCAAUAUCAUCUCUACCGCUCUUCUCGAGGGAGACUCGGACGCCCGAACGACGGACAGGGGCUUCUUCUAUCGCCUGCGCCAUGCAGCGACGUCUUUUACAAACAGAUAUCUACUUCGGGACUGCAUCCGCCCAAUCUUCGGCCAGACCACCCGCCUCCAGGUUCUGAUUUUAGCUGUCCUGGCCGCCUAUCUCCUGGUCUUUUCUUUCGUCGGCAUGAUUUAUCGGACCUGGUUCACGCCGGUGAAAAACAUGCCAGGUGUCUAUCGAACGAGGACUACUCUUGGUCCCUGGUCUGACCGUGUCGGGCUUUUCGCCUACGCCCUUACGCCUUUAUCAGUCCUUUUUGCCUCUAGGGAAUCUGUCUUAUCUCUUCUUACUGGUGUCCCCUAUCAGAAUUUCAACUUUCUUCACCGGUGGGUUGGAUACAUAAUCGUUGCUCAGUCGACCCUUCAUACUAUCGGAUGGCUGAUUAUUGAGCUCCAUCUCUACCAACCUCAACCUCAGGUUUGGUUAGACCUAAUGUCUAACCUCUAUAUACUAUGGGGCUGGGCAGCUAUCUGUCUUCUUUUGGCUCUUUAUAUUCUCAGUUUGCCCCCUGUUAUCCGUCUCACUGGGUACGAAUUUUUCCGAAAGUCGCAUUAUGUACUCGCCAUGGUAUAUAUAGGCGCCUGUAUCGGCCACUGGAAGGAACUAGAGGCUUUCAUGAUCCCCUCCCUUGUUAUUUGGUUCUUGGACCGUAUAGUCCGCGGUAUAAGGACUGCUCUGAUACACUACAACUUCAUAGAAGGCAAUUCGCGGAUGGGCUUCUCUGCUGCCCAGGCUGCUACGACCAUUUUCCCGGACCCCGAGAACGGCGACGUCGUUCGCCUCGACUUCUUCCAUCCACAUGAUCCGUGGGAAAUCGGCCAACACUUCUAUUUGUGCUUCACGGAAAGCAGUAUCUGGCAAUCACAUCCAUUCACCCCGCUUAACAUUCCUGUCUCUGAUAGCGGCCGCACGAAGCACUCGUAUAUCUUUCGCGCCAAGGGUGGAGAGACCAAAAAGAUCAUAGACAUUGCCCGCCGCAAGAUUGACAGCCAUGAGUCUGCUGUUGUCCCCACGACAGAAAAUAACAACGCCGCGCCUACCGUCUCUGUCGUUUUGACCGGCCCUUACGGCGAUCCGAUCCUCCGCAACAUCACCUCCGACGUCAACGUCUUGUGCGUCGCCGGUGGGACCGGCGUAACCUACGUGCUCCCGGCGAUCAUGAGCUUCAAGAAAGGUUUCGUGGGCCGCGCCAAAACAUCUCGGAAGCUCGAGCUCGUGUGGAUUGUUCGGCAUCUGAGGGAUGCUCAGUGGAUCAGAUCGGAACUCGAUGUUUUGGCGGCCGAGGAAGGCCCUGAGGUGGUCGUGCGAAUUCUGGCGACGCGCGACGCAGGUGGCAGUAGUUCCUCGCGCGAACCGUCCGAAUCCGACUCUCCGUCUCACAGCGCGGAGACCACCGCUGAAAAGGAGUGUCAGGCGGUUGCGCAGCCGAUAGGCGGGCAUCCCGACGUGGGCACAAUUGUACGGCAAUUCGUCGACGAGACCAUAUCCGGACGGACGGCCGUUUUUGCUAGUGGGCCGGGCGGCUUGAUGUCCAAAAUUCGCACGGCUGUUGCAGACUGCAACGAGGCGGGCAGGGUGUGGAAUGGACAGGAGAGAUAUGACGUGUCGCUUAUAUACGAUGAACGCAUGGAGCGAUGA